UUAGGUUGAUUUAUUUAAUAAUAAUUUAACUGUUAAGUUGUUCGUUUUGUCUUUAUUUGUUACUGAGACACAGUUUAAAAUAUUAAUACACACUUAAAUUACUCUUAAAAGUCUAGUCAACAAAACAACAUUAAAAUGAAGCCAAGAAAAUUAAAUACUCCUAGUGUAAUUAAGUUUUUAUUAUAUGGAUUGUUAGUUUUAGGUUUAUUUGACAGUAUUCUAGCCAAAAAUGAUGAGACAUCACCUUCGAUAUCGAUCGAUAGAAAAUCAAUGGUAUUAGUUGAAGGUCUAUCAGAUACAUUUACAUUAAAUGUCAGUGGGGCAUUUAAUGAAAAUAUUACAAUAUUUUUAUUACCUCAACAUUCGGACAUAAUUAGUGUUUCACCGAAUAUUAUUGAAAUUGAAGCACCACAGAAUAACACAUCACAAUCAUACAGUGUUUGUAUAUCGGCUGGUAUUGCAGGACAUUCCGCAUUAAAUUUUAAUUCAACACCACCGGAUCUUUUUGAUACAAAUAAAUUAUUUAUACGGGUAACUGUUGAAAAAAGUGAUGUUAUUACUCAAGUAUCCUCAAUUAUUGGUUGGAUUUAUUUUGCGGCAUGGUCCAUAUCGUUUUAUCCACAAAUAUAUAUUAAUUUUAAACGAAAAAGCGUGGUUGGUUUAAAUUUUGAUUUUAUAAGUUUAAAUAUUGUUGGUUUUUUAUUAUACUCAGUGUUUAACUGUGGAUUAUAUUUUAUCCCAAAAAUUAAGAGCGAAUUUGCUUCAAAGUAUCCACGUAGCGUAAUUCCAGUACAAGUGAAUGAUAUUGUGUUUGCAUUACAUGCAACAUUUGCAACAAUUGUGACAAUUUUACAAUGUUUUAUCUAUGAACGUGACAAUCAACGGGUUUCAUUUACUGCGAUUGGUAUAAUAUGUGUGUUUGGUUUGUUUGUUGGAGUUACCUGUAUUUUAGCUAUUACUGGUACCAUUUUGUGGUUGGAUUUUAUUAAUUGUUGUUCAUCAGUUAAAUUAUGUAUCACAUUAAUUAAAUACAUUCCACAAGCUUAUAUGAAUUAUAAACGCAAAAGUACUGUUGGUUGGAGUAUUGGAAAUAUAUUUUUAGAUUUUACUGGUGGAUUAUUAAGCAUGCUGCAAAUGAUUCUUUCUAUGUACAAUUACAAUGACUGGAUUUCAAUAUUAAGCGAUCCAACAAAAUUUGGUUUAGGAUUUUUCUCCGUUGCAUUUGAUAUAUUUUUCAUGAUUCAGCAUUAUGUGUUAUAUCGUGAGCGGUACGAAGAAUUACCAGGAGGUGUCGUUAAUGCAACUGAAAUUGCUAAUGAGGUAGCAAAUAGUGUUCAUUCUGACAGUGAUAGUGGACUUUCAACUUGACCUAGGUAAAAUUCAUUUCAAGUUUAGGCAAGUCAGUGCGGUCAAAAAACUAGAUCGUAGGUCUUCACGAUCUGAUACUGAGAUAUUAAAAGAAUGAGUUGUUUACAAUAACUCCAAUAUUAUCAUAUAACUAUUUUCAUUUAUAAUUUCCAAAAUUUAGUUUUGCCUAGUCCAUUUUAUUUUACAAUCGUUAGUGUAAGUACACUAAAAUAGACUUAGCAAAAAUAAAUUUUGCAAAUAAAAGAGCGUGUGUUUCCACAUAAUAGAGUUUACUUCAAAUAUUUUCUUAGAAAAAGUAGUAGAUUCUCUUUUAAAAAACUACAAUAUAUAGAACUUAAUAUUUAUUUUAUACAACGGUUAAAUCAUAUAUCAAUUUCAUUUAUCCUUCAUAUUGCUUGCUUUAUAGUGCAGCACAUGAAGGUUAUAAAGAAGGAGAACGAUCGCUACGUGUUAAAGCAUUAGCGCGUCUGUCCCUGAAAAUUUGUAGAAUUUAUAGUUCAUUUUUCA